AUGUACACCGGCUCUGAAAACACGACCGACACUGCCGACACCGCCGUGGCCGGGCAACUGAAUAGCCAGAGACAUGUUCCAGGAGCUCACAUCAAUGAUGAAUCUUGGUUCGUGGGUAAUAUGGAUCCAGAAGGAGCGUUCUUGAUUGCAGCAAGUCCUGCUUCAAGCUCCCAGGAAAUCCGGCGGCAUGAUCUUGGCGUUUGGCUACCCGCGGCGAAGGGAUAUUCACAGCUCGCAGCCAAGAAGCCAAGAUCAAGCUUUAUCUCUUGCCCUGACCCUUUGAUAUCUUCAGUUUUCCUGCCGUAUCUGGAAGAUCAAUGCUUGGGUACACUGCCAAACCCCCACAAUAUGCAGGGCCUCCUUCGGAUAUACAUGGAGAAUAUCCAUCCUAUUUUUCCGAUUCUGGACUAUGACGCUUAUCAGUCGAUGUACGACAAAUCGCCGGAAAAAGUACUUCUAUCCCAGUCGAUCUGUAUUGCCGCCAGUAUCGACCGGAAUGCCAAACAAUAUCUUCACUUGCCCACGGCCACUACCUCCAUAGCUGAUUUCUCUCGGAGCCUCUCGGCUGCAAUCAACACGUCAAUCGCGUUGGGCAUAGCGAGAGACAAGUUGGUUUUGAUCCAAUCUUUGUCAUUGACCUCGCUUUUCACGCAAUUCUCCGGAGACCGACAAGAAUCAGCGGAGUUUUUGUCCCUCGCCAUCUGCCAUGCACAUACUAUCGGUCUACACCAUCGCGGUCAUUCAUCGACGCAGCACGAUCAAACCUCUACCCGGUUAUUUUGCUGUCUCUAUGCCCUCGAUAUUCUCAACUCGGCAUGUUCAGGGCGGCCAGUGCUGUUCCACCGGCGUGACUUUGGUCGCGACCUCUCGUCAUCAAUAGCUGCGCAAGAAGGCUGCUUUCAGCUUUUCCUACGCACAAUCUUGCUCAUGGAACGAGUUAUUGAGAUGUAUCGACCCGCUGAGAAUGGUUUGUGGAAAGGGCCGUUCCCGUCAUUCGAGGAUUUGUUGCAGGAAGUUGGCACAACUGACAUUCCCAUGCACUUGACAGACUUAGGAGAACGUCUUACCAAUGAGCUGGAUAGGAAGCAAGAAGGCGGAGAGCGAGAGGAACAGGAUCGGGGAUCUCGUUCGGGGAGUGACUCGGCUAAAGACACAGCAAGUUUAUUGACACCGGUGGAAGUUGGACUACAAAAUACACUCAGCCCAGAGUCUGCUGAGACAGCAUAUCAGUCAUUCGAAGGUGGUUUCUUUGAUCCAAUGUCAUUUUUGGGUAUUUUUGACAACUUCGAUCUCGACAUAGGGGCAGUUGGAGGAAUGGAUCACGGAGCCUCUUAA